GCCCUGUCUUGCCCCGACGGAGUCCGACGUGGAUGUCACUGCAACAAUUUCACACAACUCACCAACUCUGUAACAGCGUGCUGGGAUUCUUCGGGGGAAAUUGAGGGCAGCUGCAACAUUUCUCUGUUAUAAUUGAAGUGUCGCAGAUAAGUUCCUGUCCCGGUGCGGGUGUUUGAGAUCGGCUUCCGGUGACGCAGUUAGCCCCAUAAACACGUAAGCUCCAACAGCACCCUUGAACAGAAGCUAUUUCCUUUUUCAUCCAGGAUAACAUCUAUCCACUAGCCGAUCAUUUGUGGCAACAACGGAUGUUUUUUUUUUUUUUGUGUUAAUUAACAUUAAUUUACAGAUCAUAAUUUGCGAUUGCGGUGGGUAAUUACGAGUGGCUCUUGAUCUCAGUUUCAUUUUGCAUAACCACGGCUUCAAAACCUCUCUGGUUAAUCAACAACUGGCUGAUGAGCGCCAUUUCUGUGCUAGUUUUGACAAUUGUUGUUCAUCCUUCUGUUCUCUCUCUCUCUCUCACUUUGCUUCCCGAAUCCCAGUUUUCCCUCCCCUUCGUCCUAUGGAGCAGCGAGGUGAUUAAACAGUCUGCACAACACGUCCUGUAAAACGGUCUCUCUUGGCCUUAUUCAUCCCUCUAUUGUAUGAGAAAGCUGGAACGAGGCUCGUGCUCCUGAUAGCCGCUCCGCUCCCAGCGGAUUAUGUGGCCUACAUUUGUUUGCAGUGUGCAGUGUUUGGCUUUGAGAGUGAGUUUCUUUGUCAAACAAUUCCAGCUUUUGUUUCCUCAAACAUUGACUGUUUAGUCCUUCCCUCUGACUUCCUUUCCUUCCGUUUUUCUAGUAAUCAGUGGACAUAUACUGUAUGUAGAGCUCCUCAUUCAUUGCUUACUAUUCAGCUCCCAGCACCCGCACUUCUGACAUUUAUAGCCGGGCACAAGAGGCACAUGAAAAAAAGAGAAAAAGAAAAACACACACCUACACACAUCCACCAACGGUCACCUUCGCUGGCUUCAUGGGAGACUGCCUUAUUACGGCGGAUUUAUGCACACAUAAAUCAUUUCGGUCCCCUGGUGAAGCAACGAGAUCCAAAACAAACUCAACAGGGAUGAAGGUGAAAAAGAAACAAAGGGACAUAAUUAAACACAUAUUUCAAUAUACCGUUGGUCUCAUGUCUUUAAAGAAGAGGGAUUUCUUCCAUAAGCUGCUUUUGUUUCAUCACUGCCUUUUGUUACUUUUGUUACAGAGACAAUUUGGAAAGAAUGACUUUAUCUUUAAAGGGAAAUUAUUUGUUAAAGCGGAAACACUAAAUUCCUGAAAGUGAGUCUGAUAAUAUCCGAUCAAGGGCCUUUUGAUUCUGGCCAACACAAAGAUCCGUCCUGGGAAACGUAUUAACUCGAACUGCACUGCAGGACCAUUUACACCCUGUACUUAUUUCAAAGCCCUUGCUUUGGUCAGAUUUCAGAUCCCAGUUGAUUUAACAAAACAUUAUAAAACUCUCAGGACAUAAAGUUGGUGCAGCAUCGCUGGUCAAAGCCUUUUUCUGAUUAAAAUCUAUAUACGGUGUUGUAAUGAAAGAGCCAUAAAUAAAACCCUUUCUUCAUUUUUUUAAGAUAAUGAAUUUACUUACUUACUGCUGAGCAAGAAUUAAAGACUGUUGAGAUGCCAACUGCAGUGUGAUCAAAACAAAUUGGAGUUAAGCUACUGAGACCUUCACCGUGUGUUUGUUCAAACCUUUAAAGAACUGUAAUCUCAAUGAUCAAAUGUUGUGACCUAUUUCUGGGCCUUUGUGAAAGAUAUAUCCUGUCCCGGUCUAUUGAUUGGGUCGCCAACCCCGUAAGUACUAUGUGACUUCUUUAAAAAGACAGCCUGAGGUAUGGCGCUUCGCAUCCAGCCGCUCUCCGGGCUGGCGUGCGGCGAGGGCCACGUCUGAAGGGGCUCAAGGUUCAUCUCUGCUGUCAAAGUCCAGAUAAUGUUGGUAAUAAGCCGCUGAAUUGCUGGACGAGGCGCAGUUUGUCAGGAAAAUGGAUGAGGAGAAGAGUCGCCGUCGGUCCGGGGGCACGAGCACCCUGGAAAAGUGUCUGAUAUUUCUCUUUGUGGCCAUGACCGUUGCCUGCAUCGGCCUCGUGGUCAUCUACUUCACUGACAAAGCGGACCCUUCUGCUCAUACAGGCCCAGACUCUGGGUGCGGUGGUCCGCAGCAGCUGACCGGAGAGUCAGGCACCUUCACCAGCUUUAACUACCCCAGCAGCUACGACAAUGGAAAAAGCUGCACCUGGGACAUCAGUGUGGCCCCUGACAAGGUGAUCCAACUGUGGUUUGAGGAGUUUGCUUUGGAGGACACCCAGCUCUGCAUGUCAGACUUCAUCACACUGAGAGACUCUCUGGGAACCAUUGGUAAAUUCUGCGGCUACACCAAACCGAGGCCGUUGGUGUCACUUACCAACCACUUGAAGGUGUACUUUGACACCAAUGACAGAAAAACGGACCAGGGUUUCAAGGCUCAUUACAAGGCUGUGGAUCCAAAGCUCGCACCAGAAAUAGCCGGAGCUGGUGGCUUUCUCCAAGGUGACCAGGGGACCCUGAUGACCCCCGGCUCCCCGGAGCAGAGCUACCCGAGUGGGGCGCUGUACCAGUGGAAAAUCACGGUGCCCAAAGGCGAAAGGGUUCGACUCACAUUCACUUUCUUUGACCUGGUGCCUGAGGUCUGUGGAGAUUUUGUUGAGGUCUACGAUGGCGACAAGGCCGGCUCCUCUUCAUUCAGCAAAUUCUGUGGAGGAAAGAUUCCUAAGCCAGUGGAGUCCGUCGGCAACACAAUGGUGGUCCGCUUCAAAUCCGACAACAGUUUGGCUGCUAAAGGAUUCAUGGCGACUUUUACCAAGUCCAGCCUUCCACCUGUUGUUACCACCCCGACACCCGUACCCACCGCACCCACCGCACCCAGACCUUCCACCGCACAAACACCUCCCCCCACAUCUCCUGCAGGUGAUGUUCCAGUUAUCCUUCGUGGCCGUAAAGGAGUGAUCCAGUCCUUGGGUUUCCCAAAUCCCUACCCUGCUCAUCUGAACAGCUCCUGGAGGAUAUCUGUGCCCAAAGGAUUCCUGGUGAAACUGCAGAUCACUGAAAUGGCCAUCACAGGAGAGCCUGGACAAUGCAAGGGGGACAGACUGGUCAUCUCAGAUGAUUACAGCACAUUAGGCACACACUGUGGCAACCUGCUGCCCCCGGUGGUGGUCGGUGCCAGUGACACAAUAUCAGUCACCUUCCAGUCCGACGGUCAACUCACAGACCGAGGAUUCUCAGCGAGGUGGGAGGCUGUGUAUGCCGAGGACAUCGCAGAAAUCCAGGGAUGUGGCAUUUCUUCCACAGAGGGAACAGGAGUUAUUAAGUCCCAGAACUGGCCUAUGAACUACAAAGCUAACGCAGAGUGCAUGUGGAACAUUGCUUUACCUUUUGGCAAAAAGAUCACACUCACAUUCACCCACUUUGACCUCGAGGCUAAAGAUCUCCUGACCUCCAAAUGCUUUGAUAAUAUAAUGGUGUACGAGCUCAAUAGUUUGACUAAUGCGCUGCUUCAAACGCACGGUCCAUUUUGUGGGACUAAGCUGCCGGGUACCAUCCAGACAAAAGGCAGCAGGCUGGUGAUUCGUUUCCAUAGUGACCUGUUUACUGAGUCCAAAGGCUUCAGAGCCUACUGGACAACAGACCCCAGUUUACCUGCCCCCACUGAGCCACCUGCUCCGGCCAACCCCUGGGACAACAUCCCCAUAGACUGGCCGAGUACAUGCGGUAAACCAACCAUUCCUCCUGUUGUUGCGUCACGCAUUGUGAAUGGAGAGCCAGCUAAGCCUCACUCCUGGCCCUGGCAAGUGUCCAUGCAGGUCUGGCCGGCCAGUCGUCCAGAGCCCAUGUUUUUCCACACCUGUGGUGGUACUCUGAUUCAUAAGAACUGGGUACUUACUGCAGCUCACUGCUUCAUAAACUACGCUGACGAGCUGCCGCGUUGGCGCAUGUGCCUCGGCAAACACAACCUGACCUACACAGAGCCGACCGAACACUGCUUCAAUGUGUCCGGUAUCUAUCGCCACGAGGGCUUCAAGUACCCCACAGUCCCCACGGUGGAGUUUGACAUUGCACUGGUCAGGUUGGAUGGGGAGGCGAUGGCCAGUAAUGAGAUCUCGUACGCCUGCCUUCCGUCAGAGGAGGAGGUCCUUCCUGAGGGCAAGAAGUGCUACGCCACUGGCUGGGGAGACGAGACUGGUGAUUCGAUGAAUGCUAAAGUUGCAGAGGCCCUUAACCAGGUGGCCUUGCCUGUUGUUCCAUAUGACACCUGCAAAAGGAUGGACUACUGGUGGUUCCAAGUCAAGACCUCCAUGAUCUGUUGUGGUUACACCCUGCCCGAUGAGCUCCAGUCUGUCUGUCAGGGAGAUUCAGGUGGUCCCCUGGUGUGUCAGGAUAACCCUGGGGGUUCUUGGGAAGUUCAUGGCAUAACAAGCUUUGGUCCUAUUGGAUGUGUUAUGAAUAAGAAGCCCUCUGUUUUCACUCGAUCUUCUGCCUACCUCCCCUGGAUCAGAAAUGUCCUCCGCAGAGACAUCUACAAGGAGCACACAUCUGGGUGUGGAGGGCCAAAGGAACUGUCUGGCACAGAAGGCACUUUGUCCUCUACGGAUAACCAUGGCAACUACAUCAACAAAGCCCGAUGCCAGUGGAACAUCCAGGUGCCACUCGGCAAACUAGUCCACAUCCAUUUCCACAAUUUGUCCCUGGAGCCGAGUCAGUUGUGCCUCAACGAUAAAGUCAGCCUCAGAGACAGAAUAGGAAGUCUAGGCACACACUGCAGCGAUGUACCCCCCCAAGACCUGGUGAGUGACGGAAACGCACUUCACAUCAGCUUCUCCUCCAACGACAAGGUGGUGGACACGGGUUUCUCUGCCGCCUGGAAGGCAGUGGACCCCACAGAGGCAGGUCCUUGUGGAGGGAGCUUCAGCAGCGCUCAGGGUGAAAUCACCUCUCCCAACUGGCCGAAUGACUACCGAGCCCAGUCCGUGUGCACGUGGCGGAUCACCAUUCCUUCAGCAACAAGUAUCCAUGUGGCCUUCACCCACUUUGAGCUGCAAGCUGUAAACGUGUUAGGACACUGUGUGGACUACGUGGAGAUCUUCCAUGGUGAAAGAAUGACGUCAAUAGGUCGAUUCUGCGGCUUUGCUUCUCCACCCAGCAUCGCCCCCCUCAGCAGCCCAGUCGUCAUUCGCUUCCUCAGUAACGGCGCCAAUCAACCGAAAGGUUUUCGUGGUUACUGGACCACUGAUGCCGGUGUUAUCCCAACUUUACCUCCACCACCUCAUGACAUCUGGGAUGACACCCCUAUCGACUGGCCAGCAGAUUGUGGAAACCCAGUAGUGAAACCCCAUACAAGAGCCGUGAGGGUGGUCAAUGGGGAGCAGGCCACUCCGCACUCGUGGCCUUGGCAAGUCUCCAUGCAGGCUUCACCAUUGUUUCCGAUACCCUACAUGCACGGUUGUGGAGGUUCUCUGAUUCAUAAAGAUUGGAUCCUAACUGCUGCUCACUGUUUCAUGUUCCCUCUGAACAACCCCACCUUCUGGCGCAUGUGUUUGGGGAAGCACCACAUGAACUCCUCCAUGGACGUUCCCUCGGCAGAGCAGUGCUUUAAGGUGGAUGCCAUCGUCCGCCACGAGGGGUUUGUCUACGAGCAGGAUCGCACCGACAUCACCAACGACAUAGCGCUGGUGCAUUUGGCCGAGCCCGUCGGAAUGACGAGGGAGAUCAGCCCCGUCUGCCUGCCCAAACCCGGGACCGUGAUGCCCGCCGGGACGCCCUGCUUUGUCACCGGCUGGGGAGACGAGAAAGGCAACCUGUUCCCCAGAGUGUCUGAGAAGCUUAACCAGGCGGCCCUUCCUGUCGUUGACUUUGAGACCUGCAGUAAGCCCGCUUACUGGUGGGACACCCUCAGACCCUCCAUGAUCUGUGCUGGUUACGAGUCCCCAGAUGAGCUCAAGUCAGCCUGCCAGGGUGACUCCGGAGGACCAUUUGCCUGCGCUGGAACGAGCAUGAACUGGGAGGUGCACGGCAUCGUCAGCUUUGGACCUCAGGGCUGCAUCAAGGACAAGAAACCCUCGGUGUUCACCCGGGUCUCUGCCUUCAGUGACUGGAUCAACGACAACAUUAAGAAGUUUAUUUAUGAAAGUGGCAAAACGCGUUGAAUAAAAGACAAAGAUGCUAUCUGACUAUAGUCGUGGCGUUUUAUUUAUAUCUCUGCUGGAGUAAUCUGAAUGAUACCGUUAUGUUAUAAGGCAUAUUCUUCAGAAAUUAAAAUACUGUAAUAUCAGAAUUACUUUUGUUAAACUAUAUUAUUACUAAAUUCAUAAUAAUGUUUCAACCUUUGCAUUCAAUUUGUGUGAUGUUUGAUAAGGUUCUAAAAAGUACAAUUACAAAAUUAUUAAUUUUAUUAUUAUUGUAAUUAGCUUUGUUUGUACAAAUUAUGUGACAAAAUGCCAGACUAUGCCUUAAAAAGUUAUAUUAAACAUUGGAGCCAUGCUUUAUUCU